AUGGGCACGUGUCGGUAUGACGUCACAGUUCACGAGUGAGGUUUACGCUAUAGUUGAGGUUACGGAUAGCAAAGGAAGUCUCACCUUGUAUGCUCACCAGCAGGAAGACCGCCAGACGGUACAUUGCGACGACGUGACGCGACAACAAUGGGAGAUCGUAUUUCGCAACAACUAGGAGUGUUUAUGCAAACGACUGGUUUGAAUCCAGCUCUGCGUCUGGAAUGUGUAUUACCGCGAUAUUUACAAACAAGUGUCGUGUGAUGUUGGCGGCAUUGUUUCGCGUCGCGUAAUGCGUCGCCGGCCGCCUGCUGAGAAUGCUGUUGCUGCUGCUACUCUUACAUAACGUGAUCGCUAAUGAUUUCCAUACAGAUGCGACCUACUCUAUCAAUGUUACGGAGACAUGUCCUGACGACGGGUAUUACUACAAAGAGGAUUUGUCAUCAAACGAAGUGGAUUCUGGCAUCUGUCGACUUUGCUUCUGUAAGAAUAAUACUGCUGUUUGCUGGUUGAGACCGAAAUCUCAAUGUCAUACCAAGAUUUACAUUAGAACGGACAAAAGAACGGGAAGAAAUCGGAGAAGUCCAGACGCAAAUAUCGGAGUAAAAUAUGCAGUUAAAAACUUUUUCAGCAAGAAGAAUUCGCACAGCUGCAAGCCGCUCGGCACCACGCUCAGUGACGACUGCCCGCCCGACGACUGGUGUCUCGGUUGCACUGUCUGCGACUGCGAGAGAUCUGGUCUAUGGAACUGUCACAUUUUAAGUUUCUGCUCUGAUAGAAAACUGAAAAAACAUUAUCAAAAUAAUAAUAACACGAUCAAACGGACUCCAAUGGAAAUACACUCAAAUCUGGACAAUCAGAAUAAAAACAGUACGACUAAAAUGCACAGACUGGCCAGAAAAAUGAAAGUAAACCACAAUAAUGUGAAGUCCUGGCGACAAGAAUUCUCUACAACUUAUCAAUAUCCAUAUUCACCGAAACACGACGAUAAUGUAGUUAUAUUCCAAAAGGAUCUUGUUGAAAGAAAGUCCAAAGACAUACAGGGUGUUAGAAUAAAAAAGAUCAUAAAUGAAAACAACGUUAAUGUCAGAUUAAACCACAAAGUAGUACAAAAAGCGAUGGCUGCGGUACAGAAAAUAAUUAACAAGACCGAAAGAAAUUUUACAAAUUCGACAAAACACAAAGUCAUUCAUAAACGAUCAAUGCCCCAACACGAUAUAAAAAAUAAUUAUCAACAUCAAACCACUUAUGUAAGCCCACAUAUGUAUAAGAAAUCUAGUCCAAAAAGAUUUAGGAAAAAGUUAUCGCUGAACAAAAUUACGAAGGAAGAACUUAGAAAGAAGCGUAUCAGGAGAAAUACUGUAAACCAAGGUGAUGGCUCUUAA